GGCGCGGAGCGGGGCCGGUUCCUCUCCCCGGCCGGGCGGGCUCCGGAGGCGGCUGAGCGCACGCAGCCACUGCUCUAAGACGAAUACAUCAUGGAUAAAUAUGAAAUCAUUAAACAAAUUGGAGAAGGAUCUUUUGGCAAAAUAUUCUUGGCGAAAGGAAAAAUGGAUAAUGAGCCAUGUGUUAUCAAAGAGAUCGAUUUAACUAAGAUGCCAGUGAAAGAAAAAGAAGCCUCUGAGAAAGAAGUCAUUCUGCUGGCCAAAAUGAAGCAUGCAAAUAUUGUCACCUUCUAUGCUGCUUUGCAAGAAAAGAACAAGCUAUAUAUUGUGAUGGAGUACUGCGAUGGUGGAGAUUUAAUGAAGAGGAUAAAUAUGCAGCAUGGAGUGCUGUUUGAUGAGGACCAGAUUCUCAGUUGGUUUGUGCAGAUCUCCUUGGGCUUGAAGCAUAUUCACGACAAGAAGAUUUUACACAGGGAUGUAAAAGCAGAGAAUGUUUUUCUUAGCAAUAAUGGAAAGGUAGCAAAGCUUGGGGACUUUGGCAUAGCAAGACAGCUGAACAGUACUACAGAGUUUGCCCAUACCUGUGUAGGGACCCCCUAUUACCUUUCACCUGAGAUAUGUGAAAAUCGACCCUACAACAACAAAACAGAUAUUUGGUCUCUUGGCUGUGUGCUUUAUGAGCUGUGUGCACUAAAACAUCCAUUUCAAGGCAAUAGUUUGCAUGAGCUGGUGCUGAAGAUUUGCAGAGGUCGUUUUCAACCAGUGUCUCCUAACUACUCCUAUGAUCUGAGGAUAUUAAUUUCCCAGUUGUUUAAAAUAUCUCCAAGAGAUCGACCAUCCAUCAAUUCUAUUCUAAGGAAGCCCUUCUUGCAGAAGCUUGUUCUCAGGUAUCUGCCCCCUGAGGUAGCACAGGAAGAACUCAGACACACUGUGAUACGCAGAAAAAGACCUUCAGCAUCUCACGCUGGAGCCAAACAGAUACAAGCAUAUAAACUUCAGAAAACAAGAGUCCAGGACCCAGUUUCUCUGGAAUCUGGAAUGGCGAUGCCUUUCAAGAAACAAGACUUAUUUCAAAGAAAUGAAUGGAAGCCUCCUUCAAGGGUACAACAGCCUAUUAUUCAGCCACAGACCUCCACAUUUAAUAUGGCAGAAAGGCCAGAAAGCAUCAGAGUACGUGGCCAUUGUGGUCAUUACUAUGAGAAGCUUGACAGCCUGCAAAGGAAAGCUAAUGCACCUUAUGACCUUUCUCAUAUCAGCCAAAGAGCUGAAGAUUACUAUAAACUGAAAGGACAGGUUGCACCUCCACCUCCACCACCUGAUUGGACUGCAGAAUUUCUUCAGAGGCGGUUCGAAGCCCAGCAGUACAAGAUUAAAGUGGAAAAACAGAUGGGACUGCGACCGUCCUCUGCUGACCCAUAUCAUGGCCAAAUACAGCAGCAGCAAACAAAGGAGGAGCAUCUCAAAAACACGUCUAGAAAGAAUGAAAUGAAAGAACAGGAGUAUUUGAAGCAAUUGCAGAAAAUUCGGGAAGAAUACCACAGUGAUAUAAAAGAAUUCAGAUUUAGAGCAGGAGUACUUCAGGAGAACCAGAAAAUACAAGAUAAAACCUAUCUUGUGAAGCAAGGGAAAGCUGAGCACCAGUCUGAAAACAAAGAUAUAUCUGCAACAGGAGAAGAAUCACUUCAGGAUAUGGAGGAAAGCUUUAAGCAAGUCAGACUCCAGGAUAGGCAAGACCAACCAGUAUUAGAAAAGAGACGUAACACAAAAGGAGGCCUAAAAUUUGAAAUUAACUUAGAUGUAUGUUUUCCUGAGGAAGACAGCAUUCAAGAAGCAGAGGUACUAGAUAAACUGAAUGAGACUUUAACUUUCAUGGAUGGUGAGAAUAUUAAGGAGAAAUUGGUGGAAGUUUAUGAAAAUCACACAGACAGAGCUUUGGAAAAACUGUCUGAUCACUCAACAGAGUCAAUACAUGAUAUGAAAAAAACCAGAAAACAUUGGCAGCUUGGAGCCCCUCAGACACUGCUGAAUUUUUUAGCUGGUGCUGAUGUCACUGCAUGUCCCACUAUGGCUGGAAAUGAACUUGCUCACCAUGUUAUUCUGCCUGAGGACAUCCCAGAAAACAGGAAGAAGUGGAAACAGACACCACCAGACACACUCCUGAGCAUCUUAGCAAAAGCAGAGCUGUCUGAUGAUUCCUUUAUCUCUUUUAAGGAAGACAAAGAAGGGAGAUUAACUCUGUUGCCUCCAGAAGAAAACAAGGAAGAUGAUUCAGAAACUCUGAAAACAUACUCUGAUGUUGCUGUUGAUGAAGGUAGACUUGAGCCAAGAUCAGAUGAUGAAGACACGAAUUUUGAAGAUUCUGAAGAUGAACUCAGAUACGAACUGGAGGAAUUUCUGGAAAAGUUGUCAACUUCUCCAGCGGAGAGAAAAAUGGAGCCUGACAUCUUUUCAAUAAAUAAAGGUGAAACAGAUGAAGAAAAGAUGAGUUUACCUCACAAACAUGGAAAAUCUGAUGAUGAUUUAGAAAAUAAUCAUGGGUAGUUUGGUGUUGAUGCACAUAAUGAAAAAGAAUUGAUAGAGGGCUGCAAUUUUGCUUUAAAGGAAAAAUAAAUCAGGGUACCUUUCAGAUGUCUGAAGAUUGAAAAAUCCUCAGCCAGACUGAAAUGCUGUUUCAUCUAUUAUUCUGAACUACCUGGACAUACCUGACAAGUCUUGCUUGAGCAAGUUUCUGAUUGCGUAGUCUGUUUAACCAUUUUGGUAUCAUGUCAGUCUCCUAGUUUGUGCAUUUUAUUUCCCUAGAUAAAUCAACUCCUCCUUUUAAGAAUCUCUUCCAGCUUUUCAUAAUCAGUGUGUACUGCCAGUAUACACUUUGUAAUCUACAGUUUCAUUUACAUAGUACUGACCCUAUGUAGUAACAUCAACUGCUCAGGAGUUUUAUACAGUGUAAAGUAGCAGUAAAAGGGUUUAUUAGUA